AAGUCAACACUCAAAUGACACUAUGUUGUUAGUGUUUUUAUUUUGUCCUAGUAUGAAGUAUCUAAUUGAGUAAAGCGUGGCUGCUGUACACGGAUCCGUAUCAGGUUGCGUGUCUAUAUAACUGUAGCGAGAAACGAUCUGUAGGCACACAACUACUUCACCGUUGAGUUCUCUACUUUACCAUUGAGUUCUCUACUUUAAUACAAGCAACAUAAUUAUGUCUAUAAUAACAGGUGGCCUGAGUGAACUUAAAGUUGCCGACGAGGAGGUUCAAAAUCUCAUUAACCAGGUGCGUGACGAGUUGGAAUCAAAAGUAGGAAAAAGAUUUACCAUCUACGAGGCUGUCAGUUUCAAGACCCAAGUAGUGUCUGGAGCGAAUUACUUAAUCAAGAUUAAAAUUGAGGUGGAUAUCUACAUUCAUGUUAGAUUAUUCUGCCCUUUGUCUCAAGCAGAUGCAGCACCGAAACUAGUAAAGUACCAGCUCAACAAGUCCAAGGACGAUGAGAUCGUCUUUUUUUAGCACAAUGGAACUUUGUUGAUAAUUAAAAACUAUGUUUGUUUAUUCAUUUAUGUAUUUUUGGUCAAAAAAAAAAAGAGUGUAAAAUGUAUAUGUACUGCAAAUUACAUCAGGAUUGAAACGUCCAUUAAAAACAUUUCUGAAAUAA